AUGGCCAAAGUGCCCGAACGUAUCCUCAAGGAGAGCAUAGCCAAACCACCAUACCCAGUCGAAGGUUCAGGCUCCCAAAACUUUUCAAACUAUCAGCUAUACGCAGCCAUCUUUGCCGUCCCUGCCGUAAUCGUAUAUACCCUCCGUCUCCCAUACACCUGGAUCCUCUACAUAGGAAUCAUCACAGCCCUCCCCACAUUCGCAGCAUUCAACAUCAUAUAUGCCUAUCUCGGUGAGCCAAUCCGUCCCCAAACAGGUCUGCCAGGCAAAAGCAUUGAAGAGUAUCUCGAUAUCAAAAACGCUGCUCUAGCUGCUACAUUCAAAGGACGUACCAAGAUCCCCAUGGAAACCUUCUUUGAAAACUACUUUGAUAGUAAGAUUGAUAUAAAGAUGGACAUGUUGGAGUUGCUUGAAGUACGAUAUGAUUGGGCUGCUUUCCAUAUUCAGUGGGGUCAAGCUAAAUUCUUCUUGACGCAAUGGAUUCCGGAAAUGUUGUGGCAUUCGAGAAAGCAGGAUGAGGAUCAGGUUCGCGAUCAUUAUGAUAGAGGAGAUGAUUUCUAUGAAGCUUUCUUGGGGCCAAUGAUGGUAUACACAUCCGGUAUCGUAACAGACACAUCUCGUCGUGAGACCCUCGAAGAGCUCCAAACCAACAAACUGAACCUCAUCUGCUCCAAAAUGAGAGUCACCAAAGAAGACAGACUCCUCGACAUUGGUUGUGGUUGGGGCACUCUCGCAAUCCACGCAGGAAAGACAACAGGUUGUGACGCUACAGGUGUAACCAUUGGACGAAACCAAACUGCUUGGGCUACCCAGAAAGCUGCUGACGCUGGUGUAUCCGAUAAAGUAAAAUUCUGGUGUAUGGACUACCGUGACAUCCCAGCAAGCAACAAGUUUACGAAAAUCACUUGUGUCGAGAUGGCCGAACAUGUUGGGGUAUUGAGAUUCAAUACAUUCUUGACUCAGGUCAGAGAAUUGUUGGAUGAUGAUGGUAUGUUUUAUAUGCAAGUGGCUGGGUUGCGUCGGUUCUGGCAGUAUGAGGACUUUAUCUGGGGUCUCUUCAUGGCUAAAUAUGUCUUCCCUGGUGCUGAUGCCUCGACUCCCUUGAACUGGUACCUCAAUCAAUGUGAAUCUGCUGGCUUUGAAGUUUUGAGUGUAGACACUGUCGGUGUCCACUACUCGGCUACAUUGAUGCGCUGGUACAUCAACUGGCUCACCAACAAGGACAAGAUCGUCUCCAAAUAUGGAGUCAGAUGGUUUAGAAUCUGGGAGUUCUUCUUGGCGUACUCUACUAUCAUCGCACGACAAGGAUCUGCUACCUGCUACCAAAUCACCAUGCACAAGAACUUGAACGCUUUUGAUCGUUCCAAGUUUGUGUCACGUCGCUUAGUAGCAUGA